UAUAUUUUUAACGUUAUAAACAUAAUAAUAUUGCACCUGAAAAUAGUUGUACACGUUACUUAAGAUCUGUUGAAGCAACUGAGGAUAUUUGCCAGUCGCGUGAUAAGCGAGUUUUUUCAAUUUUCGAACAAGUGAUUUCGUGCAAGCACCCCACAUAUCGCCAAACAGCUAAUUGUUGGGAGUGCAAUUCUGUCUGUUUCCAAAUUGGGAUACAAAUCCGAAGCCAUCCCGUUGUAUUGGGUGAAGUGUAACCAUUGGGAGUUGAUGAUUUUAGUGAGUUUUACGACCACCACCUCAAGUUCACCUUGUCAGUGCGCUGUUGUGCCAAUCUCUCUGCACUACCCAAUUUUCGCUGCUUGUAAUAAGAGCCUUCUUGCACGGAGAGCAGAAAUAUCAUCAAAAUAAAGGGGAAUAUAGCUGCACAGAUGCCUGUCAGAGAUGAGAUAGUGCCGCCGCCUCCGGCAAAUUCAAAACAGAUUGGUGUCACAAAAACCCUACUGUACAAUGGAUCCAAAUUUCAAGGCUAUCAAAAAUCAAAAGGCAACUCCUAUGACGUAGAGGUUGUAUUACAGCAUGUCGAUGAAGAGAAUUCUUUUCUGUGCGGAUAUCUUAAAAUAACAGGACUCACAUUCGAAUUUCCAACCUUGACAACUUUCUUCGAUGGGGAAAUUAUUUCGAAAAGAUAUCCGUUUUUAACACGCAAAUGGGAAGCAGAUGAAGAUGUAGACAGAGGACAUUGGGGAAAAUUUGAAGCCUUCUCUUCAUAUGUUAGCACCUUCAAUUCAGACAAUUUCGAUUACGACAGUUUAGCGAAAAGCGACUAUGUCUUCAUGCGGUGGAAAGAACAUUUUCUUGUGCCUGACCAUACUAUAAAAGAUAUAAAUGGAGCAUCAUUUGCCGGCUUCUACUACAUUUGUUUUACAAAGUCAAAAGGAAAAAUGGAAGGCUACUACUACCAUAGAACAUCCGAACUAUUUCAAUCAAUUGAACUGAAGCAUGUACCCGAAAGUUGUAUUCAAAUUUAUGAAUUUAGAUAAAUAUUAAAUAGCUUUAUAUAUGUAUAGAAAUUAUACUUUUUACUAUUUCAUUUUCACGCAUGUAAGGUGUUUAGUAUUUUCAUGUACGAAUUUCUAAUUUAAAGAUUUUUGAAUGACACUUUGAUAAGCGAAAAGAACUAAAACAAUGAAUCAAAAGUUACAAAAUCUAGAAUACCAUAUACAAGAAGAAGGUAAAAAAAUUGCAACAAAGGCAACACAAUAACCAGCAAAUUAAGGAAAAAGCAAAUUAUUCUAAGUAAAAAGAGGAAAUACUGUAGUCUACUUAAUAUCUGAAGCGAGAUGCUUCCAAAAAAAAGCAAUUUGUAAGAUUAUGAUUGACAAUUUAAUUUGUUGGCAAAAAGCAUACUCCAGACUUUUAAAUUAUUACUAAGCUUUUGUAUAUUUAUUUUGUUUUUUUUUCUUCUGGUCAAUAGAACAAGUAUCAACAUAAAC